UGACAAUGCAUAAGUCAAGAGAGCAGCUACGGCAGGCACGAGCAGAUAAUGCAGAUGGCAGACAUAUGUGCAGCGGCGCAAAUCACCGUUAUUGCUGCCGCAGGAGAAGACCCAAACUACGGUCUGCCCAGAGUAUGGGAAGCGUCUCGCGACCUAUUGCAGACCAGAAAAUCAGACUCCCUGCGCCUUUCCGUGUGCCCACUGCUUCCUAUGACCCUAGUACUCAAGGAUUCGACAUGCAUCUCACGUGCUUGGGCCUUCCAGGAAUGCUACUUUUCUACACGCAGACUCUUUUUCACGGACCACCAGAUCGUCUAAAUUUGUGCUAUGAAGCAGUGUCACGAAAGCGAACAAUGGUUUCCCAAGGCUUUGAUUCAAGUGAUUGAAGUUUUCACCCCAUUCAAAGGCCUCAUACCAAGUCAGAAUCAGCCAGGAUCAAUCUGUCCAUGUGAAGCUAUAUCCCAGGCUGUUGGAGUCCUUGAAACCUAUAGUGAAAGGGUUUUUAUCCUACGACACCGAUGCGCUGAGAGCUAUCAUUGGAACGCUAAACGC